CGGAGGUAGGUGGAGUCACUCUGGGAGCUGGACGGGAGCCUGGCGGGGUCAGCCCCCGACGAACUGCCUGGUGCAUGGCUGUGUGGGGCCUGGGAGGCCGCCUUGGCCUGCGCGGGGGUGUCGGCGCAGGUGGGCUAUUGUGUCCUCGUUUCCAGAGCCACCGCCCCCAGGGCGUGCAAGACGGGGACGGGUCACAGUCUUCCUUGAAGACACCCAAGAUCCCCAAGAUAUACACCAAAACAGGAGACAAAGGGUUUUCUAGCACCUUCACUGGAGAAAGGAGACCUAAAGAUGACCAAGUGUUUGAAGCUGUGGGAACUACGGAUGAAUUAAGUUCAGCCAUUGGGUUUGCUUUGGAAUUCAUCGCAGAAAAAGGCCACCCAUUCGCUGAAGAGCUUCGGAAAAUCCAGUGCUCGCUGCAGGAUGUCGGCUCUGCCCUGGCGACACCGCGCUCCUCGGCCAGGGAGGCUCACUUAAGACAUGCCGUGUUCGAGGCAGGGCCCAUCCUGGAGCUGGAGCAGUGGAUCGACAAGUAUGCCAGCCAGCUGCCCCCGCUCACGGCCUUUAUUCUGCCGUCCGGAGGCAAGGGCAGCUCCGCGCUACACGUCUGUCGGGCCGUGUGCCGCCGAGCAGAGAGACGAGAAACUGAAAAAGAGCUCACUGCAAAGCCUCCAUCUACACCACUCAGAGACCGGCUGCCACUGGCUUUACAGAGAAGUGGAACCCCACAUCAUAAAGCUUUCAUCGCUCAUGAAGUGGUUUGCCAGAGAGAUCCUGGGUGACAGAGCUCCGGCCUCAAAAGAACAAAUUAGCCGUUUGUACAAAACCAUCCACCUCGGCGAUGCUCAUAAUAGCAAAAAAUUGGAGAAACCCAAAGGCCCAACGAUGGGGCUUAGUCGAGCGGAGGAUGGGUCCUCAGUACACUGGACAGGGAGGUGGAGACGUGCCUGUGGGAUGAAAAAGCCCCUUGGGCAGGGGCCACAAACCCAGAGCCUCGGUUUUGGGGGGAGCACCUCCCAGCAAGGGUUCUGCGGCAGAGGGGACACACAGAAGGGGCCUAGCAAGGGCAGACAGCAGUCCACUGUCUGGAACGUCUGCAGCCAGACUGGCAAGGAGCUGCUUCGGGCUUCUGGAGGCGCUGGUGUGGGACGCAGCCCUGGGGCCCCCGGAAUGUACGAGAUGCGGUU